AUGAUUGAUUCGGACACACUCCCCGACGAGGUUCGGGAGAAGUUGGCCGAGCUCGACUUGGAGUUGAGCGAGGGAGACAUCACAAAAAAGGGAUACGACAAAAAACGGGACGCCCUCCUCGCGCCGUACAAUAAUCCUUCACUUCAGACGACUUCCGGUGAGAGCUCUACUUUAAUUUGUCUGAAACAAUAAUAAGUGUUUAAUUUCCAGCAUUCCAAGAAGAAAAAGUAGCUGCAUCUCCGAACUCUCGCUCUAACCGCAGGAAUCAGAGGAGAGUGACUAGAGAUGAAGACAGAUAUCAUUCUGGUACUAGCUUGCUCUUUCUCCCUUCAAAACUAUUAUGAAUUUCAGAAAUUCGUGUUGAAGCAGUACAUCAGGCUCUUGCGGAAUACUCGGAUGGUCGGAAGCUCGGGCCGCAACCAGUGAAACCGCACAGAAGAAAUGGAACGUCCGUGACGCGGUCCAGUACUCGAAAGAGCAAACGAUCGAAUUCGGGAGGCAGAAUGUUGUCGGGUUAGUGUAUGCAGGCAAAACACGUGUGACCGAACGAUAAUCGGACGAGUUCCUACUUCUAAUUGCCGUGCUGUCUCGAAAAACCGGAGAGCCUUCCGCCAAACACGAGCACUUUAGAUCUUGCGUCGCGUGAGAGAAAGGCACUGCACUUUUCCUUAAAAAAAACAUUGCAAUUUCCAAAGAAUUCUCUGAUUGUAUGCAAAUUUUAUACAAAUGACACUUGUGGCAGCGAUAGAAUGUAUAUAGUUGAAAAUAAAAGAGAAAAACUAGUAAGAGAGCGAUGAUUCUAUACGGGGCGGCGGGGGGUGGGACAACUUUCGCCUCCAAUCGGCCUACCUGUCAUUCCGCUUGCCACCGCACUCGACCCGCUUCGGUUUUUGAUCGUCUCUGUUUCUUCCUAGCUCAAUUAAUGUUGUCCUCAAGUGCCAUCUGAUCGGAUUUUCCAUCACGUACACAUUGAGAAACGCACACACUCAUCGAUUUUAUGAUCAUUCGGCCAGCAGCGGCGGUCUUCAGAGCACAUUUGUAGUAGCUGCUCCGCGGCCUUCCUCCUCCUCUUCUCCUCCAACUCUUCUUCUUCUUCCUCCUUCUUUCAUUUGUCGUCCUCCUUUACUACUCAAUAUAUCGGAUAUCGUCGGGCUGUACGCGUAUCUGCGUCCCCGCGGACGGUACGCUCUCUUCCGACCUGCUUCCGACCUCGAGUCAUCGACACUGGAGUAGUAGGAGUCCAGUUAAAACUAUUGUGAUGCUACACUUUUUCUGUCGAUUUCGAUCCGAUUCGCUUCGCGUUCUCCCCCUCCUCUCCCUUCUCAUCUAUCGCACUCCACAAAAUUGAAUGACUUACUCGAUAAGGUUCGAGAAGGCCACUCUCACAAAGGUCGGACUGGUUCUCCACCCAGGUUUUUGUUUGAUCAAGGCUCCUCGCGGCGGCCGCCGUUCUCACAAAAAAGCACCCUUUAGUAAUGGGAGACGACGGUUUUUUCAUCCAGCUGUGAGCAUAUACCGGAUUAGCACUUUUUUCUCACAAAUGUUUUUGUUUCCGUCUCACCGACUUGGAGCCAUUUUGUUAUCUGUGAUGACGAAAUUUCACAUCACUCCUCUCUUCUUCUAGUCACUGACACUCAAUGAAUCACCCGUCCUUCUGUUCCUCCCAAAAGAUGGGAAAUUGAGUCAACUUCCGGCCCUUUUUCUCGCUUGAUUGACUAUCUCGGCGGAUUCAAUUACAGUAAAAAAGGAAUUGCUCUGUUACUGCUUCUCUUUUCUCCCCAAUUAUCUUCUUGUUGCGCUUUUCUUCCCUUUCGCCAAGUACAUGUACGUUACACCCUCUUGAUCCAUCAAAACGCUGGUGGUGUAACCGAAAGAAUGAGUAAUUACUCGGAUGUCUCUCCUCCCGCUGCCAGUCGUUCUUGUGCUUCCUCCUCUCCGCUUCCUGUGACUUUCCUGCUUGAUUUCAGUAUGAAUGCCUGAAAAUGAUAAUCGCGGUGACUUCCGUUCGGAAUGCGAAGGCGCCUCCGGAAGGAGUGCCGCCUGCCGUUCCCUCGAGUCCCAAAUUCGAGGCGAACGUCGGCUUUCCGGCCCAGCGGAGUCCGUCGACGCCUUCCGUGCACCGACGGAUCUUCCCUCCCCCACAGCUCGGAUCUUCCCGAACUCCCUCCUCUCAGCUUCCACCCUCUCCCAAACUGAGUAGAACUCCGAAGAUGGCCCGAAAAUCGAUCCCGGCAUCCCCGUCCAUGUCUUCUCCGCAGAUCACGAAACUGAGGGUAAACGGACGAGUAGUCCGGGUGACUGCCAUCAGACAGUCAGCUUACUGUGAGUUGUCCAUUGCUAAAGCUAAAAAUGAACAGAAAAAUGACAGUACUUAUUAUUCUCACACUCACUGAAAAUGUACUCAUUUCAGAUUCCUCAUCAGAAGACGAAGACAGCGUCAACGGAGGCACCCUCGGAAAGCGGGAUUCGACAUUAACACGACCACCUCAGACCGCUCCAAGGACGUCUUCUCUCGGUGAGAAUCUCUCCGUUUAUCGUCUUUUUAGAGACCUGCCAACUGAGAAAAUCUCCGAUGUGCUUAUCAAUUAUGCAUUAUUCUCUCCGAAACCUGUCUUGAUUGCAGCAUCCAAUAAGAAAAAGGAAGCGGAUGCGGUACCGCCACCAAUUGCAAAAAAUACAGCGGAACGACGAAGUGGGACACGGAAAGAAAGAGCCGCAGUUGAGGAAAUGCUCCGAUUAGUGCAGGAGAACAGAGAUCGGAACGACGUGAGUGAUCCCGAAAGCGUAGUUAAUCUUAAAUCGAGGGAAUUUCAGCAGCAAAAGAAGGACUACGGAGAGUAUGUUCAAGCGAGAAUCCGUCCGAAAGUUCCGAAUGGAGAAGUGAUCCGAGUGUCUCGGCAGGAUUAUAGGAACAGUAAGAUUAUCGUGACGGACGGAGACGCGAUUCGCAUUUCUCCACACAGAGAGGUAGGUCAAUUUAAAACGGAAAUAGAAAGGAAGAGUGAGAACCCUGAAAUUAUUGAAACAAUAAUCUCCGUUAAACCGGAGACGACUGUUUCCGCCCCGAAAAUUGCCACAAAUCAUCAGCGGCCGCGUCCGAUUGUUUCCUACUAGAUAAAUCAACAGAAGAUGAAGGCCCAUUAUGUGUGAUUACGAUUACACUUGUUUUAUUUGUUGCAGGAGAUUGAGACAACAAUCGAUGAAACCACUUCUUUGCCGGACAACGACGAGGCUGUUUAUGUGAACACGACGAUCGGAGGGGCGAGGGUUGCGUCGCCGAACGAGCCCGGUCAGGACUAUCAGAACGCCGUUUUGCGUGAGUUCCACUCAUCUUCAACUCUCUUUAAAUUUCAAUUGUUCAGCACUGAAACAAACAAAAGUGUCUUCGAAGAUCCAAAAUGUUGUGAAUGCCCUUCAGGUGAGCACAUUCUUCUCUUUAUUACUUUUCUCGAGAAACUCUAAAAUCUGGCGAGAAAGUGCACGUGAAACGCCACGCUUCUUUGCAAACUCUUGACGGGUCCGGCGGAGGUGACCAAUUAGCCCCGUCUUUCAACAUUGGCUCAUCUCUCUCUCUCUCUCUCUCUCUCUCUCUCUCUCUCUCUCUCUCUCUUUCCGCUCCGCUCCCGUCCGACGGUUGCAGUCAAUCCCGUGCUCUGCCCUCGGCGCCGCGCCUUCUGACACCGCAACAGCUGACCAGCGGCGGGCGCACUUCCCGUCCGUUUAUGCAAUCCAAUCCCGUCCUCCCCUCCUUCUACUUCCCGGGCUCUCUCCAGCUCCGUCUCCCGCUCCCGUCGUUUCUCAUCGUCUCUGCUUGUUCCGUAGUUUCUGAGUGAUGCCGGCUCUCGCGGGACCCCCGCCUCACAUUCUUCCACCGCCACACCCACUAUUCGUCUUUUUCAUAUUUUCUUCUUGAAACAUUAGCCCUUCGUUUCCGUCGGAGAUUUUUCUAAAAUGGCUAGCGAUCAGCCAUCUCGGGUCUAUUUUCCGAGUAUGGCUCUCCGGAAAACUCGCUAUCUCCGGCAGACUGUCAGUUCUUCCGGCCCCUCUAUAUUCAAUCAUCAAUCUCGGCGUGUGUCCAGUGAGAAUCACAAGGAAUAUCUCGCGCAACUUCAUUCUCGAAAAGCCUCCUCGCUUAAAGAGAAGAAGGUGAAACAGCAAAAAUCGGCUGAAGAGGGAUAUGCGUCUUCUUCGCCGUCUUCUGCUUCUCUCGUUCCUUCAAGACCUCCCAUUCCCAAGUAUCACCAUGUCUGUGAACCAUCCUAUGGCGAUGAAGAUGAUGUGGCACUAGAUGAUUGUGCUACAAUCACAACUUCGGUCGACUUUAUUCCUGGCUUUGGGAGACAAUGUGCAACAAGAAAUGAGGAGCAGAUGCGGAAACAUCGCAAUUUCAUCAACCAAACUGCGCCGAGCACUUCGAGCACAGAAGACAGUUGCCAUAGUUUCCGUUGGUCUUUUCGAAGUGAGUCCAAAGAUCGGAAGCUGGACGAGGCGGACGAGAUGACUAUCGGAUGGACGCGCCGGAAAUCGGCGUUCAAAAAGUGGAAGCUGAAUCAGACCAUCCGAGCGAUCGCAGAGAAUUGUCGAAACUCGGUUGGUGCCGCUCAGGUAGUCCGUGUGAAAGUGUUUGAAAGUGAAACAAUAGUAGUUGCCGUACGACACUAAAAACGAGGGCGUGGCGACAAUUAGGUAUAGUGUUCGAACCGGUUAGUCAUCAGCCAUUCCAUUCGCCACUCCACGCCGUUUCCUCCUCGGGACUUCACCCACUCGAAGUCCAUGCUGCUGCCAUCCCAUGUCAUAUGUCAUGUAUCGGGCUUCUUUGUGGGGGACGACCGAUCAUCAUUUGUUGUCGUCUAAUCAAUCAGCAAAUGUAAUCGGAUCCAUGUUUUUGGAUGUUGGUUCUAACCUUUGAACUGCGCACAAAAAAAAAGCGAGAACACGUGAAGAUGGGCUCGAAAUCGAACACAGAUGUCAGAGUGUUCUGCGAGACUCCAGAUGCUCAAUGAGUUUUAUGCGUUUCAUAAAAGUUGAGGGUGGAAGCCUCUUUUUCUUGUUUCCGAGAACUUCGAACUUCUGAGCGCCUGGCCACACCAAUCGUAAAUAGGCAUUUUUAUUUGUGCGCCUUCCGGAAUGAACAACUGUUCAUCGCACUAAGCCGUCACCAGCGAUGCGAAAGUUCAUAAAACGAAUCUGAGAAUAAGAGAACGCGCAUCUGGAUCACAUACGCGACUUUUUCAGAGGCCGAAAAGCAAACCCUUGCAAGAGUAUUACAACGACGACGAUGCAGAACUGGAGGCGAUGGCGAAGAUCCGAGAUCCGGAUGCGCCGAGGCCUGAGGGAUCCAUCAUGAAUCCGGUGCGAGGGGAGGCCGCCCAUUCCAACACCAACAACGCGAUGCCGCGAAGUCUAGACAGGUAUUCGAGUCUGCCCCUUAACCUUGACUGAUAAUCUCAUUUGCAGUGCCUUCCAUCGAUUCGGAACGACGGCUGCCAAGAAUAUCGCGGCAAUGGUUCUCGAUCAGUCUGCAAAGCCUUCGACCCAGUUGACGUAUGGAAAACUUCAUAGUCGAGCUGGCAAAGUGGCCUACAUGCUUCUGACGAAAACGGUGCAAGUGAACAGGGACGGAUCAAAGAACGUGAUGUGCAAACCGGGAGAUCGGGUCGCUCUCAUCUACCCCAACACCCAACCUCUGCAUUUCCUCGCUGCUUUCUACGGCUGUCUGCAGGCCGGAGUAAUUCCCGUUCCCGUUGAAAUGCCGUCUUCUAAACGGGAAGCAGGAAUUGCCCAACUCGGUUUUCUUCUCGGAAACUGCGGAGUGAAAGUGGCACUCACUUCCGAAUCGUGCUACAAAGGUCUGCCAAAGAAAGUGAACACGUCGUCUACCUUCUCGGCGCCCUCCGGAUCCACUUCAACAACUGGCACCAGCAAUGAAAUCGUCGACUUCAGGGGAUGGCCAAGGUUGUGGUGGGCUGUCACGGAACAUAUGGUGAGGACUUUGGACACACUUUGCAGGAAAACUUAUGUUUUUUGUUCUCAGUCGAAGCCGGCUCGUGACUGGACGGCACCGCCACGAUUGGCCGACGAAACGAUCGCGUACAUCGAGUAUACGACUGGUAACGAUGGCACUGUGAAAGGAGUAUGCGUCACGAGACAGGCGAUAUUCGCGCAUUGUAGGGCACUCACAAAUGCGAUGGAAUACAAAGAAGGUAGUGUUCGGCACCUGAACAUUGUUCCUAUUCGGAACAUUCCCUAAUUUUUAGAUGAGACUAUGGUUUGCGUUGUCGAUUUCAAACGAGAAGUGGGACUGUGGCAUGCCAUUCUUGCCUCGGUCUUCAACGGGAUGAAAGUGAUUUUCGUGCCGUACUCGCUGAUGAAAAUGAAUCCUGCCACAUGGAUGCACAUGGUUUCCAAGUACCAAGCGACGACGGCUCUCGUUAAGUCGAGAGAUCUUCACUGGGCACUUCUGGCCACAAGGGAUCACAAGGACAUCAGUCUGGCCUCACUGAGAACUCUUCUCGUGGCGGACGGCGCCAAUCCAUGGUCCCUUUCUUCUUGUGAUGCGUUCGCCGCUGCUUUCACUCCUCCCCCGUAUUCUCUUCGUGCCGAUGCAAUGUGUCCGUGCGCUGGAAGCUCGGAGACUGGAACAAUCUCUAUCAGAAGACGUGGAAAUGCACAGCUGGGCAGUCAAAGUGGGCGGGGCAUCCUUUCCAUGUCAGCUCUCAGUCACUGCGUCGUUCGUGUUGAUCAGGAGAAUUCUUUGACCAGUUUAACUCUUCAGGUGCAAAUUUCCGCAUUUACUGUCCGAAUGUAUAUAGUUUUGUUUCAGGACGCCGGUCAAAUAGUCGCUGGAGCCGUUGUGGUGGUCACAGCUAUCGACGGAACGAACCGAUUGUGUCAGGCGGACGAAAUCGGCGAGAUCUGUGUCUCCGCUAACUCAACAGCUCAGUUGUACUGGGCUCUCGAUGGACAGACUCAGCACACGUUCAAAGUGGAACCAGUGGGCGAGUAUGGAAAGCCAAUCGGAGCUGUUCGAUAUGUUCGUAGUGGGCUGAUCGGAUUCAUGGGUCCCGACGGAAUGGUGUUCGUGGUGGCUCGCAGACAGUCUCUCUUGGCCGUCUCGGGCCGCUAUCACUCCGCGGACGACAUCAUUGCCACUGUUCUUGCUGUUGAGCCCAUGAAAUUCGUGUAUCGCGGUAGGAUCUGCGUCUUCUCGACGAGUGUGCUCAGAGACGAGAGGAUUGUGAUUGUGGCCGAACAGAAACCGAGUUGUUCCGAAGAAGAAGCAUUUGAUGUAAGACGAACACCUUAUUUUCUCAUUUUAUGAUAAUUUUCUUCAGUGGAUCACCCGAGUGCUCCGUGCAAUCGACACGAUCCAUCAAGUGGGAAUCUACUGCUGCGCUCUCGUUCCUGCCAAUCAUCUCCCGAAGACACCGCUGGGUGGAGUGCACGUGUCGGAAACGAAGCAAAGGUUUGAGAACGGAGAUCUCCAUCCGAGCACUUUACUGAUGUGCCCUCACAACUGUGUCCUGAACCUUCCGAAGCCACGCGAACGACAAGCCGACGUUGGACCUGCGGCCAUGUUCGUUGGAAAUAUAGUGCAAGGAGUGCGGAUUGCAGUCGCCAAGGGAAGAAAUAUUGAUGAUGAGCUGGUAAGUCAUUCGGAUUUCUCGAUCUCCUGAAAGUUGCUCUUUUCAGUCGCUCCCACUGCUAGAAUGUCUCCGAUCUAGGGCUUCUUCUUCUCCUGAUCAUCGUAUCCUUACUUUGGUCACUGCGAAGAACGCCGAGCAGGAUUCUGCCACGUGUGCAACACUGCUCAAAAGGGCCGAACGGAUAGCCGGACUGUUGACGGACAGAGCCCGACUGAGUCGGGGAGAUCAUGUCGCACUCAUCUUCCCGCCAUCCAUCGACCUCGUCGCCGCUUUCUUCGGAUGCCUCUCCGCCGGCCUCGUUCCCGUUUGCGUCCGUCCUCCAGUCGCUUCCGACCUGAAUACGACUCUCGGGCCGAUUCGAAUGAUGGUCGACAUGAGCAAGGCAGUUGCCAUUCUGGCUCCACAGAACGUCAGCAAACUUCUGAAAAGCAAAGAAGCCGCUCACAGCAUUGAUUCGAAUGCCUGGCCGAUGAUACUCGAUCUGGAGGAUGCUCCGUCGUCGUGGAGAAGAAAGCAGAUCAGUAACUGCGACACGACGGCCUCUGGCAGCAGCGGAGCCGCAUCCAAAGAAGAGAUUUGCUAUCUGGACUUUUCCAUAAAUUCAUCAGGACAGCUGCAAGGAUCUUCGAUGUCGGAAGCAUCCGCGAUCGCCGUCUGCAAGAGUAUCAAAGUGUCUUCGGAACUGUAUCCUUCUCGCCACGUUGUCGUCUGUGCUCCGCCUUACAACGGAAUAUCACUGAUCCUUUGGUGUCUGUCUUCCGUAUAUUCGGGCCACCACACAACUCUCAUUCCACCGGCAGAAGUGGAUCAACAACCCUCUCUCUUCCUGACAACUCUCUCCAAUUUGAAAGUCCGUGACGCGUUCACCACGUACGCCACCAUCAAUUCCUGUGUCACCCAGUUGGCGAUGUCGGUGGAGAAUCUCCGCGAGCGUGGAUGCAACCUUUCCAUGCUGCGCAGUUGUGUGGCGAUCGCAGAGGAACGCCCCCGCAUCGGACUCAUGAGCUCCUUCUGCAAACUGUUCUCUCCACUUUCUCUCAACAAUCGAGCCAUUUCCACAUCCUUCUCGUCUCGAGUCAAUGCGGCCAUCUGCAUGCAAGGAGCAUCUGGCCCCGAACCCUCCACGGUGUACGUGGACGCUCGAGCUCUCCGCAACGACCGUAUCUCUCUGGUUGGAAAAGGUGCUCCUCACAGCGUUGCUCUCAUCGAAAGCGGAAAACUGCUCCCCGGCGUCAAAAUCGCAAUCGCUAACCCAGAAACCAGAGGCCAGUGCGCUGAUUCGCAUCUUGGAGAGAUCUGGGUCUCGAGUGUGCACAAUGCUUCUCCGUUGAACCGAAUGGCUACUGGUACCGGAUUCGGCGACGAGGCGACCAUUAACGCGGACGUCUACAAUGCCCGUCUGACCACCGGAGACACGAAAACGCGCUGGGCACGCACUGGAUACCUCGGAUUCCUCCGCCAAACUCAGUCGAUCACCGAGCACGGAGAGCUGCACGACGCCGUUUUCGUGGUCGGUGCGCUCAACGAGAGCCUCGUGCUCCGCGGAAUGCGCUAUCAUCCGUUCGAUGUGGAGAGCACCGUCAGCAAGGCGCAUCGUUUCGCUGGAAACUCGUAAGUGCAUUGAAGACUUGAUUCCGUAAAAUGACUGUGUUCAGAGCCGUCUUUACAUGGACCAACUUGGUCGUCAUUGCAGCAGAAUGCACUGGCGCAGAGUCGGAUGCUCUGGAUCUGGUACCGGCAAUCACUUCCGCCGUACUCGAAGAGCAUCACCUCAUCGUCGGAGUCGUCGUUAUCGUCGAUCCGGGAUCAAUCCGACACGGCCCGGGUGGCGAGAAACUCCGCAGCACGAUCCGUUCGCUGUUCCUCGAGGAGAAGCUGAACCCGAUCUACGUGGCCUACCACAUGUAA